AUGGCUUUUGGCACAGUUGGUCAUGGCAUGUAUGCUAGGUUGAGGAUUAAUGAAAGAGCUGAGAUGCAAGGUGGUAAUCGAUCUGUAGAGUCAGAUCCAUCCGAAUGGGACGAUAUGGAUACUUCUUUCCCUGAGUUGCCAGAGGCAAGGGCAAGUAGAGAGAAAACAGCAAGAGACCCAGAAAGGUCUAUGGAGGUUGACAGGGAAGGAAUGGUGCGGAGAAGGGAUGUAGGUUUGCAAGUAAGUAUGGAUGAAGAAAGUAUGAGAAAGUCAGAAGAUGAUGUUCGGACCAAGGAGUCCAAAAACUCAAGUACAGGAGAAGUUGAUCCCUCCACUCUGAGCACAGCCGCCACAAGAGGAAAGAAGAAGAUCAGAGGCCUGAGAAGGGUGAAGAGGGCUAAGUUUUGGCAGAGGCUGAAGGCUAGUCUGGAUGUCUCAGGUUCAGGCCCUAUAAGAUGUAAGAGAUGUGGAAGGUCACACGGAGGAGUGUGUCUAGCAGGGACAACCGCUUGCUACCGGUGUAGACAAGAGGGGCACUUCGCACGUGAGUGUCCUACGAAGCUUAACAGAGCACGGUCACCACGGACAGUUUCAGGAGGAGCAGCUCAGCCAGCAGUUCCAGCUUUGGAUCAAGCUAGGACAGGUAUGUUCACUCUUGGAUACGCUGAUGGAUGUUAG